GAUCAAAUAGAACCCACUGAUUCAGCAGAACUGGCUGGUUAUGCUGCAGUCAUCAUGAGUAGGCACAGGGUCAUUCGUUUCUUAACACAUGUAUAAGAGAAAAAGGUUCAGACAAGAAUCUGAUGGUCUUUCCCUGACAAAUGGAGAACUAUUUCCAAGCAGAGGCAUAUAACCUCGAUAAGGUUUUAGAUGAAUUUGAGCAAAACGAAGAUGCCGCUGUUUCACCUACACUGUUGGGUGCAAAGUGGAAUCAGAUUCUAGAUCCCCCUUCUCGUCGUCUGUCGUUUAACCCGACCGUGGCCAAUGUGAAUGAAGCUACCGCUCCUGAUGAAUGUCAACAGAGAUUAAAGUCUUUCUCCCUGUCUCAUUCAGUGGCCACACCAACAGGAGGAGGGGUUCCCUGUGCUAAUGGAAAAGAUUUUAAUAUAAGCUCAGAAACCCCAGCCAUGUGGAUUGAUGAUCAGGCAGCAGCAGAUGAUCAGUUAAUUAAGAGGAAUAACAAUCAGGAUGAUCAGUGUAACGCUGCGGAAACAAGAGAAAAGAAAUGUGGAAAUAUAGCUUGCUUGCCAGAAGAAAAAAAUGUACUAGUGGUGGCAGUCAUGCAUAACUGUGACAGAAGAACACUACAACGUGGUGAUUUGCUGGAUUGUAAAAAUUACAACAGUCAGUCCCUAAUGGACACUAUUAGCUUUACACUGGAUAAUGAAAACCGACAGAGUGAUCAGUUUUGUGUUACUGUAAAUGGAUCAACUGAAAAAGAUACAGAUACAGAAAAGCAAGUAAAUCGGCUCUGUGCUGAAGGUGACUCUAUUAGUCGUUUGAUUAAUGCUUCAUCUGAAAGCCAGUCCAUUGCAUGCCCCUCCUCUCGAUUAAAGGAUGAUUUUAAUAUGAGUAGAGAUUCACUGUUUUCAGAAGCUACAACUGCAGGGAUUAAUGCAGUGACUCUAUUGCAGAGACCAGCUGAUGGUGCCAUUAAAACGCAAGAAAAUUGUGUAUCAGUUGAAAAUGUUACUAGUAAAGCCAUUACUCAGCGAGUCGAUCUAGAAGCUAAAAACUCUUCUUGUUCACGUAAUGAAAGCUUAAUUGUAGAAGCAGUAGAAGAGCAAACAUCCCAACAACUUCCAUCCAGGCUACCUGGGCUCACCGAAUCUUGUCAACCUAAUGUGGCUGGAAGUGGCAAUUACAAGGAACAUGUUGCAGAACAUUCUGCCUCUGAGGAUGUUAGUGGCAUUGAAAGUGAAGUCAGGGAACGUGAUAAAAAUCUUGGCACAACUGAAUUGCUCAGCAUAGCCGAGUGUUACCCUGAAUCUCAGGAGAUGACUAAUUGGGAACUGACUAAAUUGAAUGAGGUGAAUAAUAAGCAAACUCUAGGAGAGAAUGAAAGACUUCUGCAGACAAAACAGCCUGAUGAGGCGUGUAGUAAUAGUAGAGAAGGUGGAGGUGGGAUGAUGGAGGCAGGCAUGGACUUAAAAGGAACUGGUAUAGAUGAGCUUGAAGGGCCCAGUCUCUCUGAUGUUAUGGGUACAUCAGCAGCAAGCUCUUUGUCUAAUGGUUGUGAUUCCUAUGGAAUGCAGAACCAAGUUGUUGCUCAUAUUCCAAAGACUUUACCCUCCAAGGAAGACUCGGUAACAGAGGAGAAGGAGAUAGAGGAGAGCAAGUCAGAAUGUUACGCUAACGUUUAUGAACAGAGAGGAAAUGAGACCACAGAGGGGAGUGGUCUUGUUUUAAGCAGUACUGGUGACCAAAUGAAAAAAAAUUAUUUACAUAACCUCUGUAGUCAGGUCUCAUCCAUGCAAGGGCAAACAUCACCAAAACCAGUGACUAAUCUGCAAUGUAUUAGCGUUCCUUUUGGUGGGGCAAGACCUAAACAGCCUACAAAUCUUAAACUGCAGAUUCCGAAGCCAUUAUCGGACCACUUACAAAAUGAUCUCGUUCCCCCAAACUGUGGAGGUAAUAGUAAAAACAAAAAUGUCUUUGGUAAGGCUCAAUUAGGGGAUACCUUGACAGCAGACGUGUUUCCUAGUGAGACAUCUUUAAAUGCCUCUAUUACUGAUACUAACGGGGAACAUUUGGAAGAGUAUGAAUCUGGAGUCUCUAGUAGUCCGUGCCUUGCAGUAGCCCCAGAUAGUCCAGAUAACGAUCUCAGAGCUGGUCAGUUUGGAGCUGCAUCCAGAAAGCCUUUUACAACUUUGGGUGAGGUGGCUCCAAUUUGGGUUCCGGACUCUCAAGCACCAAACUGCAUGAAAUGCGAGGCCAGAUUUACAUUCACCAAAAGAAGGCAUCAUUGCAGAGCUUGUGGGAAGGUUUUUUGUGCAGCAUGCUGCAGCCUGAAAUGCAAGUUGCUGUACAUGGACCGAAAGGAAGCUAGAGUGUGUGUAAUCUGCCAUUCAGUCCUAAUGAAUGCUCAAGCCUGGGAGAACAUGAUGAGUGCCUCAAGCCAGAGUCCUAACCCUAACAAUCCUAAAAAUGCUGAAUACUGUUCUACUAUCCCUCCUUUGCAGCAGGCUCAGGCUUCAGGCGCCCUGAGCUCCCCGCCUCCCACUGUCAUGGUACCUGUGGGAGUUUUAAAGCAUCCUGGAGCAGAAGUGGCUCAGCCUAGAGAACAAAGGCGUGUUUGGUUUGCUGAUGGGAUAUUACCCAAUGGAGAAGUUGCCGAUGCAGCAAAACUGACAGUGGCUGGGACAACUUCCACGGGAACCUUAGCAGUGUCACAUGAUCCAACAAAGCCUGUGACGAACAACACUUCAUCAGCCGAAACUGAUAACACUUCGGUAUUCUCGGGAAGUAUAACUCAGGUUGGCAGUCCUGUUGGCAGUGCAAUGAAUCUAAUUCCUGAAGAUGGUCUUCCUCCAAUUCUCAUCUCCACUGGAGUAAAAGGAGACUAUGCGGUAGAAGAGAGACCUUCUCAUAUCUCUGUUAUGCAGCAGCUGGAGGAUGGUGGCCCUGACCCUCUUGUAUUUGUUUUAAAUGCUAAUUUGCUGUCUAUGGUAAAAAUCGUAAAUUAUGUGAACAGGAAGUGCUGGUGCUUCACUACAAAAGGGAUGCAUGCAGUGGGGCAGUCAGAGAUAGUGAUUCUCCUGCAGUGUUUGCCUGAUGAGAAGUGUUUGCCCAAGGAUAUAUUUAACCAUUUUGUGCAACUUUAUCGGGAUGCCUUAGCAGGAAACGUUGUGGGCAACCUGGGACACUCCUUUUUCAGCCAGAGCUUCCUCGGAAGCAAAGAACACGGGGGCUUCUUGUACGUUGCGGCUACGUAUCAGUCCCUGCAGGACCUGGUGCUCCCCACCCCACCCUACUUGUUUGGCCUCCUCAUCCAGAAAUGGGAGACGCCCUGGGCUAAAGUGUUCCCCAUCCGGUUGAUGUUGAGACUUGGAGCCGAAUACAGACUUUACCCAUGCCCACUUUUUAGCGUCAGAUUUCGUAAGCCGUUGUUUGGAGAGACUGGACACACGAUUAUGAACCUUCUUGCAGACUUCAGAAAUUACCAGUACACGCUGCCUGUGGUCCAAGGUUUAGUGGUUGAUAUGGAAGUCAGAAAAACCAGCAUCAAAAUUCCCAGCAACAGAUACAACGAGAUGAUGAAAGCCAUGAACAAAUCCAACGAGCAUGUUCUGGCAGGGGGAGCGUGCUUCAACGAGAAAGCAGACUCGCAUCUGGUGUGCGUCCAGAACGAUGAUGGGAAUUACCAGACGCAGGCCAUCAGUAUCCAUAAUCAACCGAGGAAGGUGACUGGUGCCAGCUUCUUUGUGUUCAGCGGAGCUUUAAAAUCCUCUUCAGGUUACCUUGCCAAGUCCAGUAUCGUAGAAGAUGGGGUAAUGGUCCAGAUAACUGCUGAGAACAUGGACUCUUUGAGGCAGGCCUUGAGAGAGAUGAAAGACUUCACCAUCACUUGUGGCAAAGUAGAUGCUGAAGAUCCUCAGGAACACGUUCAUAUUCAGUGGGUAGAUGAUGAUAAAAACUUCAGUAAGGGUGUUGUAAGCCCUAUUGAUGGCAAAUCAAUGGAGUCUAUAACAAGUGUGAAGAUAUUUCAUGGCUCAGAGUACAAGGCGAAUGGAAAGGUCAUUCGGUGGACAGAGGUGUUUUUUCUGGAAAAUGAUGAACAACAUAAUGGUCUGAGCGACCCAGCUGAUCAUAGCAGACUGACUGAAAACGUGGCAAAGGCUUUCUGUUUAGCGCUCUGUCCGCAUCUUAAAUUGCUAAAAGAAGAUGGAAUGACUAAGCUAGGUCUGCGUGUUACACUUGACGCAGAUCAAGUUGGUUAUCAAGCUGGGAGUAAUGGACAGCCACUGCCCUCUCAAUACAUGAAUGACCUGGACAGUGCCUUAGUGCCAGUGAUUCAUGGAGGGGCAUGUCAGUUGAGUGAGGGGCCAGUCAUAAUGGAGCUCAUCUUUUAUAUUCUGGAAAACAUCUCAUAAGAGGACUUCAUUUUCUGUUCAGACCUGUUCCAGCAGCAGUUGUAUCUGAAUCAUUUGCACUUUAAAACUGGAAAAAUUAAGCUUUUGUUAACACUAUUAAUGGGAAGGGGGGGGGGGGGGACGGUUGUUCCAUAAUUCUAAAUCUUCUAUGCAUUGUCAACAAACAGAGGAUCAGGGCAGCUUCUAUACUACAACAUGGCUAUGCUAUCCUUGCAGCUAAUACACUUCUGUUACUGUUUAGAAAAAAUGCUCAUGUUUAAAGACUUACAGUCAUGUACUCUAAAUGCUCAAACGGGUGCAAAGAUCACUGGGGCGCAAAUAAAAAAUGAAACUCCAAUCUUGUACUGUUUGUAGACGGACACGUAAGAAACAACAAUCAAGACCUCCAUUCUGACCUCAUCAUAAUGCCGUUUGUGGUUAUUCUGUAGACAUUAAAAAGUAACGUUUACAUUAUUUUGACCAGAUUAUUGGUUGAAAUACAUUUGGGGUAUCCCUAGAGAGAUGUGUGGAAAGAUUACCUAGCCAUAACUACGUUUGUAUGAGAGACCUUUGUCAAAAUGAGCAGAAGGGCACGCAUCUCUCUGAAAGCAGUAUUACGUAAACUGCAAGUUGUGUGUAUGUAAUAGGUUAGUUUACUUUUUUCCUCUAUUUACUAUACAAACUUGUCACCUCAGCAGAUUGCUGUAAUCUCCUAGAACAACUCUGCUAUUCUAUACUUUGUUUACAAAUCAAAUCUGUAUGAGUUUCAGAUUUCUGUCACAAGCAGAGGAAAUAUUAGCCCUCAAGUGCAGUUAUAGCUCCUUCCUCUUCCCCAGUAGAUCCUGCUUUUUCAAGAAAAGUAACACCCAGGGCAGCUUUAAGUCUCCUCCUUGCUGUAUGCUGUAGUGUAAUGCUAGUGUCAUGUAAUACAAGACAGCUUGCACUUCAUAUUAGCAGCACCAUGUAAAAGCUUACCUGUGAUAAAAGUAUAGAGUGGCCGUUUUUGCAUGUUCUGCUGAAAAAGGCUUUCUGGUCAGCGCUGAAAACUUGCACUUGGCCCAGUGCUCUUGGUCUCACCUAAGAUGGCAUUUGUGAAGGAAGCAGCUGCUCACGUCUGCCACAACAUUAUGAAGCUGGAACUGAGAAUCAGCCAGAGGAAAUGUGGUUCCACGUUCUUAUUAAAUUAAGUUGUCUCUAUGGAAAGCUGCUAACCAAGGAAAAGAGCUGAAAGCAGGAGCAGGGGUUUGUUUAGUCUUAACCAUGCAAAGCAGCUGUUUAUGUCCCUCUCAGGAAGAGGGCAAAGGUUUCCCCCCCCACCCCCCCACAGUGGCCAUUUCAGAAACAGAAAAUUAGUUUGGAAACGGAGGGGCUAAUUUAUGGUAAAGGCAAGUAGCGCUCAGCCCUUGGCGUUGUCCCUACUUUGCAAUCAAUCAGUCCUGUUGGGUGUGCUGGGGCUUAUUUUGUUUCUAUAUAAAGAAAGAGAAUUGCAAGGCUACUGUGGCACUGAAACUGUGUUUUUUUUUUUUUUUAAACAAGCAAAUAUAUACAGCAGUAGCCAGGCAAAAGAAAAAGGUAACUGUACAAGUAGCAAUGUGUUUUUCAUAAGGGCAGCACAGUAUAUGUAGAGAGUGCAUUUGUGAAUAAAUGACUACUGCUUAAAAAAAAAGAAAAAAAAGAAAAAAAAAAC